AUGGGGAAAGUCAGUGGAGUAUAUACUUACAAGGUAGAAGAGGUAGCAGUUAGCCCAAGAACACCACUGCUGAUGGGAGAAACCUGUGGUGCCAUCAAUGGUAUCUAUGGUACUGCUAAUACUUGUAAGGUGGCAAGUACCUGGGCACUAGCUGGUACCUAUGAACCAAAAGAAGGGUCUGAUGCCAUCUUUGCAAAUAUAAGGGAUAUAAUGAGCGAUCAGCUGCAGUGUGAAUGCCAACCAAAAAUAUUCAAAUCUUCUACUCAGAUUUUCAAUGGUCAUAAUUUUGAUUUUUUAAUUCAUUACUCCAUUGCAAAACAAUUUGCUCACACUGGCCUUUGGGAUUGGCUGAACCCCAAUGGAACUGUGGACUCCAGUGACUUUGCUCAGUUGAAGAUUGGAGGGUACAAUGUACCUGGAGGAGAUGGCCUAAAUCUGUUGGGACAAAUUGGAUACAGCAGUGAGCAAUUUUUUACUGUUACAAGGAAGCCUAAUGCUGCAGUUCCACUGUUCUGGGCAGAAGUAAGCCAGCACUGGCUUCAGCUUGCUGCAAGCUUGGAGGGGAUGGAACUGGAGAAAUGUGUUAAUUCAAGCUUUUGCCUUCCACAAAAGCCAAAGCUAGUUGUUGGGCUUAAGGGAUCAACAGCCAACAUUUUUUUAGACAAUGCAGCUUACAGGGAUUUCCUAUUCCAAACUUUUGAGGUUUCAACUGUGGAUAUGGAGAGUUCUGCUGCAGUAAUGACAUGCUUAUCAAAUGGCUACCCUGUAAUUGUCAUCCGAGGAAUGUCAGACUUAGCUGGAAGACAAUCAGGAGAGAAUCAAAUUCGCAUAUUCGGUUCCCUUGCAGCUCUCAAUGUUGCUAAAGCUGUUGUUAAAUUUAUCAGCAAGCUCCCAGGAGAUGUUUAUAAUUCUAGUUCUGGAAAGUAACUAUUUUAUUAACA